AUGAGUGAGGAGGAAGAAGACAAACAUUUAAAAUCACCGGGUGGAUCCUCAUUAAAUCCAAGGAAACUGUCUGACCUUCAACCUUCAGCUUCAUCAUCCCUGCAAACUCUUGAUGAUACCCAUUCUCAACCUAAAUCAACUACUCCAUCGGAAUCAACCGAAUAUACAUCACCUUCAAAAUCGCUAAAGAGUUUUUUCUUUAAAAAUAGACUAUCAUCAUAUUCAAUCGAUAGUAUUAGUGAACAACCUGAAUUAGAAUUCCAAUCACAUCGUCAUUCAACAGAACGUACCCGUACUAAGAAAUCAUCUUCCAUUGGAAGUGCAGAAUUAAGUCCUAGUAGAUCACCACGAAUGAUGAAUUUCAGUCUACGUCCAAAAUUCAUUCGAUCAAGAUCUUCAGGAAUAUCUGAUACUUCAACUGGUAGUACUCAUCCAAUACCACCUGCUGCAUCAGUACUUUCAUCAUCAUCACAACGAAGAGCCACCAUUGAAGAUUUUGCCGAUACCGAGUCUGAAGAGUCUAAUGACAGCAAUGAGGAUAUAGAGGAUAAGAACCAAGAUCAGACCAAUGCUAACAAACAACAACGAGAGCAUCAUCAUCAUCAUCAGCAGCAGCAACUGCAUGAUAUUGAUGAAGAUUCAAUCAACUCAUUACUUCAAGAAUAUCAUAAUCGAGAUUCUGAAUUUGAUAAUAAAGAUAUUAAAAAUAAAUUCAUUUUCCGAGAAGAAUUUGAUGAUACAAACUCUAUAAAGACCAAAUCACGACCAGCAAGUAGAAUAUUAACCCCGGAAGAAAAUGAAGAAUUAAAGGCUGAAAUUAUUAGACAAGGGUCAAUUAGAAGUUCAGGUGGUACUUCAUCUUCAUCACAAAUAUUAAAACCACUUGGCAGUGGAAUGAGUCGAGGAUCUAGUUCCCAACAACAACAGCAACAGCCAUAUAUUGAUACUCAAAUUGCACAACAAUAUUAUGGUGAUGCCAGAAAACAUAUCGAAGUUGUUGAUCCUACAAAGAGAGAAAAAUCUAACAGUGUAAUUGCUACUACUGUUCUGGGUGAUUCUCCAACUGCGUUAAAAAGAUUAUCUGGAGGUUCUAAUAGUAGUGGCAGUAGUAGUGCAAAUACAGCUAUUGGUGGUGGUGGUGGUGGCGGUGGAAGUGAAAAUCGAAAUAGUGGAGCCAGUAGUGCCACAUCACUUCGAUUCAAAAUUUAUAAUGACAAAAUCGAACCAAUCAAACAUGCAAGUGCUGGUAAACAUAUGAGUACAUCAACAACCAAUGCUGAAGCCGCCGGUAUUUCUGGUGCUGAUAGAUCAUCUAUGAGGGUUUCAACGGCAUUUAGUGAUGAAAGUGAAACUGCUGGUGAUGCUAAGUACCCUGAACCAACAGUGACACCAAUUCAAACCCCUCGAAUAAAUCGAAAUUCUGAUACUCCUUCAACAGAUACUAAUUAUACUAGUAAUGAUACUAGUGGAAUAUCUUAUGAGGCUCCACUUGCAAUAGCUGGUCUGUUGCAUAAAUCAUCAUCCACUAGUAGUAGUAGUCCUAAUUCUGGACAUAGAUCAUCAUCACUGGUUCCAUCAACUCCACUUCGAACUCAACAUGCAAACCAACAACAUGGCAGUUCUAACUUACAACGUAGUGGUGGUGAAAAUCUCCAAGAAACCAAAACCGACGCAGAUGGUACAAGAUCAACGGGAGGAACCAAUACCACAUCAACAGGGUUUUUCGAUGAAACAAUGCUUAAAGGUGGUUCUCGUAAAAGUGUUGCUCAUUCUUCAAUGUCAUCUGGUGAAUUACUUCAAAAUUUAGAACACUCAUAUGAUUAUUCCAAGAGUAAUGAUAAUAGUGGUAAUAGUGAUGAUACCAAUCAAAAUCAAACUAAAGCAACAACAGCACAACAGAUUAAACAAUCAACUCCAAUUCAUGAAUUUGUCAUUAAAGACGCGAAAAAACUGCCACCAAUGCUGUCACCACCACAAAUUGAUACUUACCCAGCCGAUAAGCCUUCACAAUCAGGAGAAGAUGAAGUAUUUGGAACAUCGAUCCCACGUCCUAUGGGGGUACCCAAAUCUGAUAGUGUUGGACAAAAUAUGACUGCUGGUUUAGAUUCAAAGAGUGAAUUGCCAGUGAUGUUGUUUAAAGUUCAAGAUAGAGAUAUUCAAAGAGAUUCUAAAUUUUUUGAUAAUUCCAAUUCUCAUGGUCAACGUAAAAGUGGUGGUGGUGAUGGAGGUGUUGGCGGCGAAGAUGAAAACCAGAGUUUAAGUGGGUGUGAUAGUGAGAGUGCCGGGAAUAUUCGUGAAAGUGUGAGCGGCAGUGUCAGUGGGAGUGGAAGUGGUAGUGGCAAUGGUAGCGGUACUAGAAGUGGAUGUAGUAGUCGAGGUCGACUUACUAUUGGAUCCUUAUCAGAAGCAGGAAAUUCUAGUCGAAGUUCAGGUAGUUCUAUCAAACAAAUUAUAAGCAGGCAUUUUAGAUCUAUUGGUGAGAGUUUAAACACAGACGAAAAACAGCCACAACCAGAAUCAAACUCACAAGAUCCAUCACAACAACAACCUUUGCGUAGUCUUAACUUAGUCAAGGAUUCACCACCAAUAUUAUUUGAUGAAAAAAAUCAUAUUAUCAUGCCAUCAUCCAAAUUUGAUCAAGAAAGUCAACAAGAACCCACGAAACAAACCAUAGAUUAUCCAUGGAUCAAUUGGAGUUUAUUAAUGUUAUUGGGAUUAAUUGUUCCACCAUUAUAUUUUGUUAUACCUAUAGGGUUAAUGGAUAGAGAUUAUCUUGGAUUAAGAUAUGCCAAUAAACCAUCGAAAAAAUUCACAACAACACAAAAAAUCAUUAGUUUAAUACUUGGUAUAUUAUGGUUAUUGAUUGUGUUAGCUAUGAUUGGUGUUGGUAUAGGACUUGGAGUAACAAGAGAGAGUUGA